GUGCCCGACGAUUACACAGUCGACUGUGAACUGGCAGGCCGACUUGACGUUAACCGAAGACCGAACGACGACGACAAACAGAGCAACGACAACCACGACCUACGCGACUCGCGCGCGAUUUAAAACGCCCUCAGCCCACGCACCAAAAAACGCUUGCGCGCGCUGCUCAGGACACUGCCUGGCAAACUGUGUAAAACAAUUGAGUGUGUUUCUGUGCUUGUGCAAUUCAACUAGCAACAAUUAACAGUUAACAGUGAGAUACAUAUACAUUUUUUUUCGUGUGAUUUGUGUGUGAUUUUCGCAUUGUGAACUGCGCCAUGCAGCGCUGGCAACUGUUUCUCUUGAGCCUGGGCGCGAUUUCAGCGCUGGCCAAGCGCAACGAUGCGUUCCUCAAGAUGCUGGCCAUGCCCCGUGUCGAGGAUCCGUGCUACGACUACGACAAGGCACGCGCCUGCAUUCCGGACUUUGUGAACGCCGCCUACGAUGCGCCCGUCGUGGCCAGCAGCACCUGUGGCGCCCAGCAGCCGCAGCGCUACUGCGAGUUCCAGGAUCAGAGCAGCCGCGCGACUGGCUCCAGCUCCGGCUCCGGCUACAGCGCCGGCGAGUUGCAGUGCCACAGCUGCGAGGCGAACAGCUUUCCGCCACGCGCCCUCACCGAUCUGAACAACUCCAAUAACGUGACCUGCUGGCGAUCGGCACCGAUAGCGCCCGGCUCCAGCUAUGCCGGCGGUGGCCAGUGGGGCGACAAUGUCACCUUGACCCUGUCCCUGGGCAAGAAGUACGAGCUAACCUAUGUCAGUCUGCAGUUCUGUCCCCGUGCCCCACGCCCCGACUCCCUGGUCAUCUACAAGAGCUCCGACUACGGCCGCAGCUGGCAGCCGUUCCAGUACUACAGCUCACAGUGCCGCCGCCUCUUCGGCCGGCCCGCCCGCACCACCGUCACCAAGCACAACGAGCAGGAGGCGCGCUGCAGCGACGCCCAUCGACAUGGCCACGACGCCAACGGCGGCGGCGGCAUGGCCUCGCGCAUCGCCUUCAGCACGCUGGAGGGCCGACCCUCGGCUAGGGAUCUGGACGCGUCGCCCGUGCUGCAGGACUGGGUGACGGCCACCGAUAUACGCAUUGUCUUCUACCGCCUGCAGCAGCCCGAUCCCCAGGCGCUGCUCAACAUCGACGCGCCCGCCGACCUCCGCACCGGCAAAUACAGCGUCCAGCUGGCGGGCAACAACAUCGAGUCCAUUGGCGCCGCUGCUUCCGCGUCGGCGGCUGCCACUGCUGCAGCCGGACUGCAUUACGCCGUCUCCGACUUCUCCGUGGGUGGGCGCUGCAAGUGCAAUGGCCACGCCUCCAAGUGCUCGCCGGAUGCCAGCGGCCAGCUGAGCUGCGAGUGCCGCCACAAUACGGACGGACGCGACUGCGAGCGCUGCAAGCCCUUCUACUUCGAUCGGCCCUGGGGACGAGCCACGGCACGGGACGCCAACGAGUGCAAAAAGUGCAAUUGCAAUAACCAUGCGCACCAGUGUCGCUUCAAUAUGGACAUCUUUCGGCGAUCACAGGGCGUCUCCGGCGGCGUCUGCCAGAACUGUCGCCACUCGACAACGGGCCGGAACUGUCAUCAGUGCAAGGAGGGCUACUAUCGGGAUCCCAACAAGCCACUAGAUCAUCGCAAGGUGUGCAAAGCCUGCAAUUGCCAUCUGAUCGGCUCAUCUGGCAAGAUCUGCAAUAGCACGAGCGGUCAAUGUCCGUGCAAGGACGGCGUCACGGGCCUGACCUGCAAUCGCUGCGCCCCCGGCUAUCAGCUAAGUCGCUCCCACAUCGCACCCUGCAUCAAGCAACCGCCUCGCAUGAUCAAUAUGCUGGAUACGCAGAAUACGGCGCCGGAGCCCAGCGAAUCCUCUGAAGGCGUUGGCAUGGACAGAGGCGCCAGCUCAGCGGCCGCCCAAUCGCAGUUUUAUCGCACCGAGGGCGGCAGGGUUUGCGAAAAGUGCAAAGUCAGCACCAAAAGGUUAAAUCUCAACAAAUUCUGCAAAAGAGACUACGCAAUAAUGGCAAAAGUAAUUGGUCGCGACACGAGCAGCGAGGUGGCCAGUAUCGAGCGCAGGCGCGCAAUGGAUCCGUACGGGGACUACGAAAUGGAUCAACAGGCAAUGGGCGGGCUGGAAUACGAGUAUCGGGCGGGGGCGGGGCCAGCAGCAGCAUUGGCUGGCAUCAGCAGCAGCGCCAGCGUGCCGGAUUACCCAAACGACAGCGACACGGCCCGGUACGAUCUGCUAAUCCAAGCGGUUUUCAAGCGCAGCAGAACCACCGCCUAUGGAAUGCCGAAUACAAUGCUGAAACGAGGUCCUAUGACCUGGAUCAUACCGAUUAAGAAUUUAGAGUGCCACUGUCCCAGGAUCAAAGUUAACAGAUCAUAUUUGAUUUUGGGGCGUGACUCGGAGGCGCCGCCCGGCUAUCUGGGCAUUGGUCCGCGUACGAUAGUUAUUGAAUGGAAGGACGAUUGGUAUCGGCGCAUGAAGCGCUUCCAGAGGAGGGCGCGCAGCUGUGCGUAGAUGAGAUGACCCACCGUCCCCACAUUGCAGUGGCCAUCUUUGUCACACAAAUAUUUUGUCUGUCACUUGUCAAUUUCAUUUACCUACCUUCAAGCUAUAUGUACUUUUUUUUUACUAAACAUAUGUGUAGAUUGUAGAGCUUAAAUUUAAGAAUUUCAAAUCAAAUCAAAGCGUCGCAACUCAAGUGAAUAUAUUUAUAUAAAUAUACAUAUAUACAUUUUUUUUUUUUUGCUUAGAAUCAUAGACCAGUCUUCACUCACUGAUACAGCAGAUUGAAAUAAUGAAAAACGCUUUGGCAGUUACGCGCGAAACUAUUUGAAUUGUAAAACGUGAACAGCGCUGCCACCCCUGCAGCACUGCCAUUGCGUGCAAUAUAUUUCUGCUUAGCAAUGAGUGCAAAACUAUCGCCAUAGAGAAGAGCAAUUCAAAUAUAAUGGCAGCAAAUAAACAUCAACAUAUUUUUUAUGUUUAUUUGAUUUUUUUUUUUUUUUGCAAUAUUAUAAUUUUACUAACAGCAGCAUUUAAUUUGAUUUGUUUAGCAUUCUAAGGCCUACAUAGCUGUAUUUAAUUUAUUUAAUUAACUUUAAUUGUUAUUUGACUAUCAACAUAUCUAUAUAUGCACAUACAUAUAUAUGUAUGGAAUCUUUAUGAUUUGUAUUAUUUUGUAUGAUAAGAGCGCAGUCUUAAACAUUCUCUCAGCUUUCCCUAUUUCACAACAAUAAGAAUUUAUCAGUUAACAACAAAUGUGAGCAACAAUAACUACAAUAGUCCACAAAUAAAACAGCAAACGCAUAUUUGCCCGAUUAAGCAUUAAUAUAUAUAAGCAAUGUACGCACCUAUGUCAAAUCUUAAACAAGUGUUUUAAAAUGCAAAUAAAUAGAUAUUGUACAGUGCAACUCACAA